UGUGUAGGCUGCGCGACAUCACAAACAGACAGUGUUAUCAGAUAAGCACAAUAAAGUUUUAUCCUAUAUUUAUCUGUGGUCGGUUGGCGCGCGGUCACUCACCCACGGAUGGGUUCCUCGAGGACUGUCGCGUGGCUCUUCGGAGGGCAUCGUCGUUGGAUUUCGACACUUUGCGGACCCACGCAGCCGGCCGUCGAAUGGGGAACCUUAGGCGCGGCUCUAGAUCGCAUGGCACUCGAGGUCGGAGACCGUGUUGCUCUUUUUUUCCCAGCUGAAGGCGGCAGACGACUCGGCAUCGCAGAAUUAGCGCAAAAGGCAACCUGUGUGGCUGCUUGCUUGCGUCACAAAUUGGGUCUACAAAAGGGAGAUCGUCUGGCAUUGGCUGCGCCCACCUGCGAGCAUUGGCUGGUGACCCAAUAUGCGGCUGCAAAGGCAGGUCUUGUUCUGGUCCCCAUCAAUGACCGCUGUCACCCGCGGGAACUGGAUGCCAUCAUCACACAUACUGGUUGCAGCGCCCUGGUAGUGCACGACACCAUUUAUCGGAAGCUUGUCUCUCUCGGUAUCAUCGACACUACAGGCAAGACAUCACAGCCCUCCAGGUAUCCCAGGCUUCGGCACAUCAUUCCUAUCGAGAAUGACAGAAAGGUGGGCACCGUAGGGUUCGGAGACAUCUUGCGUGACGCGGGUCCUAAUUCGGCGCUCCUGGAACCAGAGCCGAAGGAUGUGACUUUCAUUAUGCAUUCUUCGGGCUCCACAGGACCUCCAAAGAGUAUCCCGCUCAGCCAUUACAACGUACUCAACGCGGCCAAAUUUUUAGGACCCGCCAGCGGUCUCUCGCAAAAAUCUCGAGUAUGCUGUGUGUUGCCCUUGUACCACUGCUUCGGCUUGGUGGACUUGGCCACCGUCGGUGUGGUGAACGGCAUCGACACUGUGUUCCUUCCUGCUGGAUCGCCCGCACCUCAGACUCUCAAUGCCAUCCAGCACCACGGAUGUACUUCCUUCCAAGGCACACCGACUACCUUCCAUGAUCUCUUGGCAUCCCCAGCAUUCAGCAAGCAGAAUGUUUCUACUCUGUCGCAUGGACUUGUGGGCGCUACCAUCGUGCAAGAUGUCGUGCUUCAGCGCAUCCGGCGAGCCUUGGGUCUUGACAGGCUCAUGCUCGGCUAUGGCCUGACUGAGACAGCAGGCGCGUGUGCUGUUGGAGAGGCAGGCCUUGGAGGUGGCUACGUCUUACUACCCCACACGGAGGCUCGUCUGAUGAACGGCGGUCCAGAGGGAGUCGACGGAGAGCUGCAUCUUAGAGGUCCGACAGUGUUCGGAGGAUAUUUGGGCCAGGCGCCGCUGGGUGAUUGGCUUGCCACAGGUGACCUGGCUGUGGCAAAGGGAGACGGAACCUUCAGCAUCUGUGGCCGUUUGAAGGACCUUGUCAUCAAAGGCGGGGUCAAUAUCAACCCCGAGGAAGUGGCUGCAGCGCUAUUGGCCCACGAAGCAGUUGCCGAAGCUGCUGUAGUCGGAGUGCCGGACAUACGUUUCGGAGAAGAGCUCUGCGCCUGGAUUCGACUCUCUCCAGAUGCCGCGGUGCCGUCCCAGGAGCACUUGCGGGACUUCUGCGCUAACCACGUUGACCGCUUCAAGAUCCCCAAGCAUAUCGUAUUUGUGGACGACUUCCCCAAGACGAGUGUAGGGAAGAUAUCCAAACCCGAUAUCCGAAGAAUGAUGGCUGAGAAGAUGUCCUCACCUACGAAUACAGACGCAGUUGUGUGAGAGAAAUAAACCCUGAACAUUUUGGAAAGCUUCUCCAUCCA